AUGCAGACCGCCUGUCCCCUGUCUCUCGCCGUUUCCUUCAAAGCUAUCAGAGACAGAGAGAACGCCAUAGCAGCAGCAGCAGCAGCAGCAGCGGCAGCAGCAGCAGCAGCAGAGCCAGCAGCAGCAAAGGCAGCAGCUGGCAGUGCAGCUGCUCCCGGGGCCUUGGAUGAGGCGCCCCUGAAAGCACAGCAGCAACAGCAUCAGCAUCAGCAUCAACAGCAGCAGCAGCAGCAGCAGCAGCAGCUGCAGCAGCAGCAGCAACAGCAGCAGCGGCUGCAGCUGCUGCUGGAGGCGUUUGAGAUUGAGCUGGUGCUGGCGUCCAACAUGGCGGCAAACGAAAAUUUUAAGGAAGGGGCAGCCCAGCAGUCUGGCGGAGGUCAGCGAGGCUGCGGUGUCUCAGCUCUUUCAGUGGAAGGCACCCAUGCGCUUAGCGCGGCUAUGAGAGCAGCAGCAGCAGCAGCAGCAGCAGCAGCAGCAGAAGCAGGAGCAACAGCAGCAGCAGCAGCAGGGGGAGCAGCAACUGGUUAA